AUGAAGAUUUCUCAAAAGCUCGAGAGGUAUCACCAGGAAGCCCCCAAUGAUGGGGCAUCUAUUUCUUUCGAGUAUUUCGUCCCCAAAACUUCCCAAGGUAUCUCGAACUUGUACGACCGUAUGGAUCGCAUGUACAAGUUAGAUCCCUUGUUUGUAGAUGUGACAUGGAAUGCCGGCGGGUCGCAGUCCAAUUUCACCACCGAAAUGAUUCACACGGCGCAGAACGUUAUCGGCGUUGACACGUGCAUGCACCUGACCUGCACUGGCAUGCCAGUAGAAGUGGUUGAUCAAGCUCUGGAAGAGGCGCACAAGGCCAAUUGUCACAACAUUCUUGCUCUUCGUGGCGACCCUCCACGUGUGGUUCCAGGUGAGGAAAAGCCCAUCACGCAUUUCAGGUACGCAAAGGAUCUUAUCAAGCAUAUCCGCGAUAAGUACGGUGACUACUUCGAUAUUGGAGUGGCCGGGUACCCCGAGGGUCAUCCCGAGGAGCCUGACGCUGACGUUCUAAUCGAGUAUCUGAAGGAAAAAGUUGACGCCGGUGCCUCGUUUGUGAUUACCCAGAUGUUUUAUGAUGUGGACCUUUUCCUAAACUGGGUCGACCGCUGUCGCGCGGCAGGAAUCUACGUGCCGAUUAUUCCCGGCAUUAUGCCGAUUUCCGGCUGGGCCAGCUUCAAUCGUCGUGCUAAAUGGUGCCAAGUUAAUGUUCCUCCGCAGUUCCUUGCAGAGCUUGAGCCCAUCAGUAAUGACGAUGCUGCUGUUCGUGAAAAGGGCUCUCAGCUGGUGGCCAAUAUGUGCGCCAAGAUGAUUGCUCAUGGAAUCAGCCACCUGCAUUUCUAUACUAUGAAUCUGGAGAGAGCCACAAUCAUGGUUCUUGAGCAGCUGCAUAUGCUCGAUAAGAACAACGAGAAGAGACCCUCUCCUCUGCCUUGGCGGCAAUCUCUGGGCAAAGGCCGGGAGUCGGAGAGUGUGCGGCCUAUUUUCUGGCGCAAUCGCAAGCAUUCAUAUGUUUCCCGCACUGCUGACUGGGAUGAGUUCCCUAACGGACGUUGGGGUGACUCCCGUUCGCCGGCUUACGGUGAGCUUGAACGAUAUGGUGUGUUGCUGCGUCAAAGCACCCAAAAGGCUAUCGAACUUUGGGGUUCUCCCAAGAGUUUGGAAGACCUGGGACAGGUCAUUUCCAAGUACUUGAGCGGGAAGCUGCCCUGCCUUCCCUGGUCUGACGAUCCAGUGGGAGCAGAAAUUAGUGUUAUCCGCGAGAAACUCCUCGACUUGAAUAGCCGCGGCUUCUUGACCAUUAACUCCCAACCUGCAGUUAACGGCGUACACUCUAGUGAUCCUAUUCACGGAUGGGGUCCCAAGAAGGGCUAUGUUUACCAAAAGGCGUACCUUGAGCUGCUGGUGCCCAAAGAGCGGUUUGAGCAUAUCAAGCCCAAGCUCGACAGCGACGAGUACGUGACAUACUAUGCUACGUGCUUCCGGGGCUGCCAUGUUACCACGAAUGCCAGUUCUGACGAGCCCAAUGCCGUCACUUGGGGCAUCUUCCCCGGCCAGGAGGUGCAACAGCCCACUAUUGUUGAGCGCGGUUCGUUCCUUGCCUGGAAAGACGAGGCAUUCCGACUAGCGUUUGAGUGGGCCGCCUGUCAGCCCAAAGACAGCGAUUCGUAUAAGUUCCUGACGUCGUUGAGCCGAGGCUGGUACCUCGUGAAUAUUGUUCACAACGAUUUCCAAGAUCCGGACGCUGUAUUCAGAAUCUUUGAGUGA